UGUUUUCCUUGUAAGAAGCUCUUUGAUCAGUUUCAAAAUGCAAGUUAGUUCUGACUGAUUUGAGACGUUUGUGGCAAGAGGAGACUCCACAGUGGAUACUCACCAUUUAAAGUUUGAAUUUAAUGGUAGCCAAUGAAUAAAAUAAUAAAUAAAAAAGCUUUUCUUGUAUUACACCAGUUUUGUACAUUUUAAAUAGAAAUAGACAGUUGCGUUACAUGAUUAAUGUACAGAUUUAGUGACCACUGAAGACUUUUUGAAAAGCCGAGUUUGAAAACCAGGAGUGCAUCUAGAGAAGGGUUAAAGAGGUGGCUGAAAGGGGGCCAUGGGGGUGGCACAUCGUGACUUAAAUUCCUACUUUGGUUUGUUAUUUUACAGAAGUCUGGUCAUGAAUCCAGUUUUCAUCAGGAUUUUGGCAGCAAAUAGUGAACACUUGCAAAAUGACUUUAAAAAGUUCUCUAUUUUUUUCUUCAGAAUUUCAAACUUGGAUUGGGAUUCAGAAUGUUUGAUAAACAUGAGACAACUUUUGGAGGCCACCCAUGAAAUUAAUAAAGUUGUAAACAAUCAGAGACAGGAAAACAACAAAAUAAUAAAUAAAAUCUGGAUAAAAUGCAAACAUAUGAGGGCAUAAUCGAACCCCUUUCUUACUAAACUGCAAACAGGAGCAUUUGCAUGAAACUUUGAAGCGUUUAUUAACAGUUUUGAAAAGUGUAAUUAACCCAUUCAGAGUCAUUCCACCUGAAAGCUGCACAGCUGCUUGAAAUGUGUCUCUAACUGGCUUUAGAAGGAGAUAUUCACGAGAAGUCAAAUACAAUUUUGCAAAUCUCAUCUUAUUAAAUUCACAGUAAUGAGAAGUGUUAUGGCUGCUCAGUUGGUAGUGCUGUUGCCUCACAGGGAGAAGGAUGCAGGUUCAAAACCUAGCUGAGGUCAAUCUGUGCAGCGUUACCGUCCAUGUGUGGGCAAACACGUGCAUGAUUCCAUAAUUGUAAGUUACGUUGGAUAAAAACAUCAGCUUAAUAAAAAAAUAAUUAAAAUUCAUAUCAGAGUAUUGGGAAGGUAACUCUUUAGACGUGGCAACUAAUCCUCGACUCUAGAAGCGACUCUGACUGAUUCCGACAUAAGUUGCUUUUUGGGUUGCAGUCAAUGAGGUGUUUGUGUAAAGAGGAGGACUAUGUGUUUCUGGGAACAUCAGAGAGAACACCAGGACAUUCUGCAGAAGGAGCGGUAGCUCUAGAUGACUGGAGACACCAAAAGGAGGAGAGGGUCCGCCACAGACUGGAAUGGGAGAAGCGGGAGGAAGAAAGACUGACAGCAUUGGAAGAAAGCAAGAAGGAAAAAGAGCAGCGGUGGAGGAUUCACGUAGCAGAACUCACCUCCAAGCAAGAAAGGGCUCUUCAAGAUAAACUGAUGAGACUCCAGAAGUUCAGGGAGUUCCAGAGGAACUUUUUGAGAGAGGAGGAGGGGAUGGAAGAUGGGAUCAUUGGCCAAAUCCUCAUGAGGAUGUAGAUGCUCAACAGGACCCCAGGAAGGAGGCGUGGACGGUCACAUGAAUGGCUCAAGCUAUCAAUAAUGAAACAUUCUAUCAUGGUACUGAGAAUCCAAGACGUGCGUGUGGUUGCAAUUGUUUAAAGUCAAGAAAGGAAUUUAAAGGUGCAUUAUGUAAGAAUGA